AUGGUCUCCAGUGAAGAAGAAGCAGAAGUUAAAACUGCUGAUACUUUGGAGUGGGAUGUUGAUAUGGAAAUUCAAUUGUUUUACGCUAUGGCUAACCACAAGCCGGUCGGUAUAAACAAACACUUUCAAAUGGCUUGCAUCUGGGAAAAGAUGUCCAGUUCUAUUACCAAAGAAAUUACUACCCAUGAUAUAUGGAAACAUCUAGACACGUUGUAUGAUAUGGCGAUGUUGGAUGACACGGAAUCUAUACCAUUUCCAAAUCACGAGAUGGCAUUCUGUUUACCGGAGAAUGAGUUCGGGAGUUUAAUUAAACAAAAAUGUAAAGAAACCAUAUUAGCCGAAGAUAGCGAAGGUAUAGCAUAUAGAGCUUUGUUUAAGAAUCAUACAUACUAUGGUAGAAGUCCAUCACCAAAAACGUCCACACCAAGAAGCAAUUCAAGAGGAACUGCAUCAAAGGACAACACACCUAAAGCUGGAAGAAAAGAUAGCAUAAGUGCUCUUGCUACUAAGACAAGAAAGGAGAGUGGUAGUUCACACGCUUCUACUGACACACCGAGUAUUAAAUCGGAAAAGGAAUAUGACCGUAGACGAGAUUCAAGAGAUUCAAAUGCAUCAGGACCUAAAGAAACGACAAGCAGUAGAAAGUCAACAUCACAAAGAGAGAAGCCGGCUAAGUCUAAAGUUAACUCUGUAGCAGCAUGGGAUUCCCCUGUCAUAGACGAGGAGGGUGGUUCACGUCGCGGUAGACGCCGCGCCAAUACUUCAACCCCGCCUGCCACAACGCCAGCGAAACGGCGUCGCAUGUGA